AAGAAAAACCCACAAUAAAACAGAAGUGCAAAAGAAUAUCCGAAUGUAGAAGAGGAGGUAGAAGGCAAAACAUGGCAUCUUGAAAGGGCAGUUCUGUAUUCAUCAUCACACUGACCAUUUCACACAAUAAUAAGUAAGUAUGGCGAUGGUAUCUAUCCCUUUUUCUUCUCCCCCUACCCUUAAUCUUCGCCGAGUCAACCGGCUUUACAGAUACUCCGGGAUGGCAUUUGCUAGUGUAAGUAAAGGAACUGCGACUGUCGGAGUAAGUGUUACUGAAGGUGAAGGUAGUUUACCAAAGAUUGUGCUGACUUCUCCUCAUGGUAGUGAGGCUGAGAUAUACUUGUUUGGAGGUUGCAUCACAUCUUGGAAAGUCGCCACUGGUAAAGACCUCCUUUUUGUAAGGCCUGAUGCUGUAUUUAACAAGAAAAAGCCAAUCAGCGGAGGCGUUCCACAUUGUUUCCCGCAGUUUGGACCUGGAACUAUUCAGCAGCAUGGAUUUGCAAGGAAUAUGGAUUGGUCAAUUGCUGAUUCUGAAAAUGUAGAAGGCAAUCCUGUUGUAACUCUGAUGCUCAAGGAUGGGCCUUAUAGUCGUGCCAUGUGGGACUUUGGUUUCCAGGCUUUAUACAAGGUCAUCCUUGAUGCAAAGAGCAUUUCCACAGAACUAAAGAUUACGAAUACAGACAACAAGCCAUUUUCAUUUAAUACGGCACUACAUACAUAUUUCAGCGCUUCUGUAACUGGGGCAUCUGUGAGAGGUUUAAAAGGUUGCAAAACACUCAAUAAGGAUCCAGAUCCUAACAAUCCUAUAGAGGGCAAAGAGGAAAGGGAUGUGGUCACUGUCCCUGGAUUUGUAGACUGCAUUUACCUUGAUGCUCCUGAGGAAUUGCAACUUGAUAACGGCUUAGGUGAUGUUAUAACUAUCAAGAACACAAACUGGUCAGACACUGUACUGUGGAAUCCACAUCUUCAGAUGGAAGCUUGUUACAAAGAUUUUGUUUGUGUUGAAAAUGCCAAGAUUGGAAAGGUUGAGCUAGAGCCUGGGCAAUCCUGGACAGCUAAGCAGCAUAUUAGCAUUGGCUAAAGGGUAGCUGUACAGUAUGUACAUUGGUUAUGGGGCAAAGUUAUUUUCUUUUGCCUUUUAAUUUGACUUGCAAAAUUGCAAAAGCUUUUCAAGCUCUUUUGGCAAUAAUUCCUGACAGUUAAAUGCUCUUUGUAAUGUCAUUUGGAGUUUGUGUUAAUUGAAAUGACAGUGCUAUACACAGAAUUUACUGUGAA